AGAAGGAAACGAGCGAACACGAUCCCCGGAACAACCGCCCGGAAUUGAAUUGUAAAUUGUUUAUCCUUAAUUUGCUUGCACACCUCAUCGGGGCAACCCAGAGCGCGUAACAGCAUAGAACCCCGAGACAGACAGACAAAGUGCGAAAGAGAAAGAAAGAAAGAAAGAAAGAAAGAGAGAGUCCCCGAAUCACAUCACAAUCUCAUGCGCGGGGGGUCGCAAAACCGAACGAUCAAUCGGGCGAGAGAGAUUGGUGGAGUUUGGAGAUUGUGAUGUUUUCUGUUUGUUUUUUUCCCCUGUGAAACUCCCUCUCUCCGUGGACCUUCACCCGAUGAUGGUGGGGUCAACCUGAAAUGAAAGAGAUACCUCAAAGAUACCCCAGAGAGAGGAGAAGAGUGGUACACGUGCGUUCCGGCGUGGCAUUCGAUUGUGGCCGCCAAUGUGGAAACAAUCGAACGAGACGCGCGCCAAUGACACGAGGACCCGGCACCCAGCACCGUUGGCAAGGAAUACGGGGAAACCAAUCGGACGGGGGGUCGCUACUCUAAGAACGGGAUACGGACGACGAGACCGACGACUGUGAAGGAGAAUAAUAUAGACUUUUGGACCUCAUAUUUGAAUGAGGCGGAGGAAGAAGAGUUGAUGUGGGACUGUUUUUUUAAAAAUCAUUAUUAUUAUUUAAGCAGCGCUCAAAUUCGCUUGCAUUCGAAAGAAGCGGCCCCUUUUGGGUGGCCCCUGCACACAGACACACCGGCUUAACGCACGGCAGACACCCCAUGGCAGUGCUGACUGAUGCAUCCCGACUAACCGGGCUUUUUCGAUUCGGAUUAGUUCAUUCGGCUGGCCGAACAUUCGACUGGCCAGGAGAACCGGGAAGGAAAACCGCAUCCAGCCACGCUAAACUUCGCGUCACGCGGACACUGAGUUGCUCUUAGUAGUGGUGUCCGCGGGUUUUUCCUUCGUCUUCCCUUUUCCGUGUUUGAGUUCCGCGUUCCCAACAAUUUCUUCCCCCGCUCGGAGGCGUGUCGCUGAUUGAUUUUAGUAGGUGUAAUUUUAAUUUAUUGUUUCCCUUGUUUCCCUUGUCCCCCUGAAUUAUGUUUUUUGUCAUGGUUAAUUUAAAAUGCUCGCCGUUUGCGCGAAUCGAGAUUGGCGUAGUGUAGCGAGAAGUAAUGAUGAAACGAAGCGAGAAAGGAGUGUGAACAGUUAGAGGGUCACAGUGUGGAGGUCGCCUGUCGCAAAGUAGAGCUUCAGGGACAGGCACAGAGACAGCGAGAGAGACACACACAGUAUGCGAAGCGGAGCGGAGUGACGCAGACGCAACGGACGGACGGAUGGAUGGACGGAAGAAUGCUAGUUUAUUUCAAUUUCCUAGACCGAUUAUUGGAAGUAAAAGUCGUAGCAAAAUGGGGGAAGCCCCCCGGAACGGGACGGGUUUUAGGAAAGAAAAUGGGGGGGAGGUCGAAGACAGUGGGCGCGCGGAUGACUGACAGGUGCGCGCGCGGUGCAGGCGAUUAAUGCCGCCUGAGUUUUGAAUCUUACCUUUAUGCAUGCGGCAACAGAGAGAGAACACACCGUUGAUCGUUCGUAGAAUGACAUCCCCGCGAGGGUAGGCAAAGCACGGAAGGGAAGGCCCACAAGAAAGAGCAAAAGCAGAUUGCAUCGAAAGAUGAACUCGAAAAAAGCGUCAAAAACAGCCCCGAGUCAAUGCCGCGACGACAGAGGCGCGGGCGCGCGCGCGCGACACAUCUUCCUAAUUUGAUAAGAUUUAGUGUUUAGUGCGUUUAGUACGUUAAGUAGGAUUUUUUCGAAAGAUUUUGCAACUCUUUCCUCACAGUCUCCGAUUUGGUUUCGAUGUUUACCCAUUUUCCGUUUGACCAUUUUCCUUUUAUCUAUGUUUCUUUGUUUAACAUUUACUCCUUUUUCCCACUUGCUGCUGCACCCUUACUUUGUGCGUUUAAAUGUAAACGCAAUUUUGUGUGAUUGUGAUAGCGCGAUAGGGCACAGGAUUGAGUGGAAGUGGGGAGAAACAGCCGGAACGGAAACAGAUCCGGCUCAGAGGAAAGUGAAACUCACAGCGGAAAAGGGGGAAAACAAAAGAGUUAAUGAACGUAGAAACAGUUCUACAAGGUGUGCGCUCGAUAAUGCUGAAUGUUGGCCGUUUGGCCGUUUUGCUGUUCACAAUUAUUGUUUUCCAAUCCUCCUUCUAUUGGCCAAUAACUUUGCUGCCUUUGACCUUUGAUCCCUUUCGGAGAAGAUACAAAAAAACACAGACACAGACACAAACGAAAACAUACCACAUGCGCCAAAACGCGCGGCGCCAAACGAGAACCACAACACACUGUGUACGAGGAGAAGGUGUUUGAGUUGUUAAUGGAGCGAAGGUGGGCGAUCUUCGGGCGGUUCUGGACCUGUGCGUUGAUCAGCGCCACAGAGAGAGAGAGAGAGAGAGAGAAAGAGAAUGCGGAUGAAUAAAUGA